UCCUUGGUUUGUUCGUUCGAUCGUAGUGCGGACGUUCGUUGGAGAGUGAGAGAGGGAGUAGCGCAUGAAAGGAGCGAAUCCUGUCUCGAGGAACUCUGAACUCUCAAGUGUCACCUCUAUGAGAACGAAGGAACUGCAGUCUGCCAGUGCACUCCGUAGCGUAAGCACGGUCUACGUUAUUGCAGGGCGUUUUUUUGAUUUGAACUCAAUCAACCUUUAAUGUGUCCCAAUGUCAUGUCAUUGAACGAGUGAAAAUUGCUAAAAGAUAUUUGCCAGUGUCAGUCACGAGAAAAGCAUCUUCGUCUAAUUCCUCAUUGGUGAUGAUCAUAAAGUUGUGGCCAUGAAGUCAAACCAGUUGUGACCACGGUGAACACAGUUCCAUGAGGUUGUUUCAUAGUUGCUCUUGAGGUACAUUCGAUAACACCAACCAGCCCAUCAUUGCCUCAGUUGCUCGAUGCUAGAUUGUUCCAAUCGGCCAGAAUAGAGCACUUCAGAAAAGAAAAGUGAAAUCGUGCAUUAUCUAGUACACUGCCAGUGCCCGAUCAAACCAAAACCUACAACUCCGAUACUGCUUUUAGCAUUGCCAUUCCUCAGUUACAUAAUCCUGCCAAAAGAAAAAAGGGGAAAACGUGCGAAUACUUCACUAUGACCAAGGUGUUCCACACCUGAUCCUCUUGAGUGAUCUUCAUUUUGAGCGGACGUGAUCCGUGGUGACAUUGAAGAAAUCGUUGCAAGUGAUUGUGUGCGCUUUCCCAACAAGAAGUACCAAAGCCAUCCGCUCAUAACUAAUCAGUCAAAAACAUUACUACUAACACCAUGACGGACACAUUGGAUGAUUGUCAAAUGCAGCCCUUGGAUCUUUCCUGUCCCAUCUCCAGACAGAGGCGGUUAACCCACCAAAGUUCGGAUUUGGAGGAAGAAGAAAGGCUCUCGGACAAUGAGACUCCCCGUAACCUUACCAUGGCCAAGGCCGAUUCACCUGAGCCACAUGGGCAUAGCAAAGGCCCCGCUCGAAAACGAUUCUUGACCAAAUAUCUCCACAAGGACAGAGUUGAUUUGGUCAACGAUGCCGCCAUUCGACACGAGAACGGCAAGCAAGUGGCACGGUGGAACGUGGACAUCUACGGCAAUGGCGAGGAGCAGGUUCAUAACUCGGCCUCCGCCGCCUCCGUGUCCUCAUCCGUGUCUCCACCUUCCAGCACUGCUUAUGUCUUGCCACAUCACAUGCCCAUGGGCGCACCUCAUCCUGCCACUGUCAGUGGAAGUCGAUAUAACACCACCAACAACGGACAAAUUAGGCACCCUAAUGGCUCGUUGCCUCCUAGUCCUGCAGAUUCGGGCGUGUCUGACGUGGACAACCCCUCCUCCUCAUCCCACAAUUCCGACGAUGAGCGACUGCACAACCUUCAUCACCAUCUCAACCAUCAGAGGAGUCAGCAAAGGCUACUUUCUGGUCUGUCUGGCAGAAGUCACCAUGAGUUGGGCAAUCCUAGUCAUAAUCAUCAUCACCACACCCACAACAACACGCCCCUUCCGUCCUCGGCUCCCACCUCUCAGGCAGCGGCCAUCACGGGCUUGUUCUCGCAUUUCUACGGCGAACAACAAUCCAGACACCCAUUUACGAACCGGUCCCCUGCGGAACAUCCUCUCCACUCUAUGUUUGGUUAUUCGACUCCGGGCAUCGUGAGCAAUGGUCAUGCGUCUGCUGCCGAUCAUCUCUCUGGGCAUUUUGGCAACUCCUCACCAAUGCUGGGCACUCCCCCAGUGGGCGGUCAUUCUCAUCCUCAUCAUCACCUGCACUCACCCAAUUCCAGCACGGACGAAAGUGGGAUAUACAGCUCUGGGGGCGUGGGAGGCUAUCCCAGUGCAUUCGGUUCUUUCCCAACGGGUCUCAAAAUGAAGAAGAAAGUACGCAAACCCAAAGUGGGCCCGGAUGGUGUUCCACUGAAGCGUAAAUCCCGGGAAGGCACCACGACUUACUUGUGGGAAUUUCUCCUGAAACUGCUACAAGACAAAGAGAGCUGCCCACGCUACAUCAAGUGGACGAACCGCGAGAAAGGCGUCUUCAAACUGGUGGACUCCAAGGCCGUCUCCCGGCUCUGGGGCCUUCACAAAAACAAACCUGAUAUGAAUUACGAAACCAUGGGCAGGGCAUUAAGGUAUUACUACCAACGGGGAAUUCUGGCCAAAGUUGAUGGGCAACGCUUGGUCUAUCAGUUCGUGGAUGUCCCCAAAAUUGGAGAGAUCGUCGAAGUGGACUGUACUGGCUCAUAAUACUGACACAAAACGAUGAACAGCAACACACCAACAGAACAAGAUCUGAUACGGCUUCCGCAUUUCUUGGAAGUGUUGGAUGGAACGCUAACCAAGAACCCGAUUGAUCGAGGCAAAAUUUGAGUUUGUUCGCCCGCAAAGUACAAUCUGCUAUUCGCUCGUAAAAGAAACCUCACGCAACCUCCAGAAUUUACUUCCCUCCCUGAUCCCAUUUUUCUCUCAAGCUCUUCCCUUCAACUGAUUCCUUUUUUUUUAUUCUACCAUUUCUCACUCUUUUUCUCGUGUUUUGUUAUUUUCAAACUGGUUUUAAUGUUUUAAUAUAUUUUCCCCAACAACAACUUUGAAAGAGCAAAAAGUUAUGAACGGUUCUGGUCAAGAUUUCAAGUGCAAAUAUCUCCAUUAAUUCUCCUCCUCACACAUAAACACACACACACACACACACUGUCGGUUUCUCCUCUAAGUAGGGAGAUGCCUCGGAGAGUCUCAGAAAAAAGCUCUCGAGUAUGCAGCUUGGUGCCUUCUGAAAUAUAUGAAUAUAUAUAUUUUCAAUCGAAAAUGAUACCAAAUCACUCCUCAGAAUCUAUUGGCAUUUUGCGUCGGAGUGUUCAUCGCGUUUUGUAUGCCUUUGGAUAUUUGGCGAUGAAUGCUCCCGACGGGUGAACAAGCAAUUUCUUCAGUCUCUCCAUUUCUCCGCCUCUAAAGUAAUUAACAUCAUUUCUACUCUUCAACGCUACUUCUACCACCAUUUCUUCGUUGUUUCCUUUUCGUCCUCUUUAUGCUACCACUAAAACUACUUAGGGUGACAUUUCUGUUAACUCUACCCACAGUGAGGGUCUGUACUGCUACUAUUGCAACAAUUACUGCUCCUACAACUACUACAAGAAUUAUUAUUGAUACUACUACCACUACUAUUAUUACUAUUGAUACUAAUACUACCGCUGCUGCUGCUCCUACAAUUACUAUUGUAACUUUCGCGCCUGAAUCUUGGUAGUUUUUCUGAAAUUGUGAAUCAGUCCUUCUCUUACGAAAAAUUGAUAUCUCAAUGUUGUGAUGCUUGUAAGGCCGACUAUUUUUCUUGCAGAAAACUUUCCCCCCCCCUCUCCUAAAACUCCCUAGUCUAAAAGGGAGGAACUAAAAUUGUGACGAAGUAAUUCGAAAUCAGGAACACGUCCAUUUGUUUGAGAAAUCUUUCAUCAACCAAGGAACAACAUCGCUCCGAAUGUCUGUUCGCGCUCUAUUUUUGCUAUAAAGUAUUUUCCCCUCUUUUUCCCAGUUGAAAUUGAAGUACUAAACGAAGCAAAAGGCCAUUCAACAAUUGGUGAAGAACAUAGUCACAAUCGUAGCUGAUCCUCAUUGCCGCUUAUCACCAUCAUCAUCUUCAUUAUUAUUAUUGCCUCAAUUCUUUUCUCUCCUGUUGGCAAUGAUCUGUCUGUGACUGAAUCAAGAAGUUUCCUUAAACGACGGAAACUCGGCCAAACGCCGAAGUGUGAUGGAAACCAAGAUUCAUUCAUACCCGCCACCUUGUGUAUUGUACGUAUGAGUAUGUACUUACACUACCCAAACCAAUCCACCAACCAACAAACCAAUCCACGAACCAACAAACCAACCCCAGAAACUUUGAAAAUCGAAUCUCGUUUCUUCUUUAGUUUCCUUUCACUCUAUUCCGCCUUCCACUUCUUUCUCCAUCCACUUUCCAUACAUGCGAAUGCAAAGGUACUUUUACUUCUUCUACUACUAUUACUGCUACUACUACUACUGUUACUAAUACAUUACCUAAAAACGCGAAGAAACGCAGAGUGAUGUUCCAUCUAGGACGAUUUUCUUUAUUUCUUUCAUGAACGACAACUUUAUGA